AUGGAAGGUCGUCACGGUACAGUGAUAGAAGGUCGUCACGGUACAGUGAUAGAAGGUCGUCACGGUACAGUGAUGGAAGGUCGUCACGGUACAGUGAUAGAAGGUCGUCACGGUACAGUGAUAGAAGGUCGUCACGGUACAGUGAUAGAAGGUCGUCACGGAACAGUGAUAGAAGGUCGUCACGGUACAGUGAUGGAAGGUCGUCACGGUACAGUGAUAGAAGGUCGUCACGGUACAGUGAUAGAAGGUCGUCACGGAACAGUGAUAGAAGGUCGUCACGGUACAGUGAUAGAAGGUUGUCACGGUACAGUGAUAGAAGGUUGUCACGGUACAGUGAUAGAAGGUCGUCACGGUACAGUGAUGGAAGGUCGUCACGGUACAGUGAUAGAAGGUUGUCACGGUACAGUGAUAGAAGGUCGUCACGGUACAGUGAUAGAAGGUCGUCACGGUACAGUGAUAGAAGGUUGUCACGGUACAGUGAUAGAAGGUCGUCACGGUACAGUGAUAGAAGGUCGUCACGGUACAGUGAUAGAAGGUUGUCACGGUACAGUGAUAGAAGGUUGUCACGGUACAGUGAUAGAAGGUCGUCACGGUACAGUGAUAGAAGGUCGUCACGGUGGAGUGAUAGAAGGUCGUCACGGUACAGUGAUAGAAGGUCGUCACGGUUUCAGUGAUAGAAGGUUCGUCACGAACAGUGAUAGAAGGUCGUCACGGAACAGUGAUAGAAGGUCGUCACGGAACAGUGAUAGAAGGUCGUCACGGUACAGUGAUAGAAGGUCGUCACGGUACAGUGAUAGAAGGUCGUCACGGUACAGUGAUAGAAGGUCGUCACGGUACAGUGAUAGAAGGUUGUCACGGUACAGUGAUAGAAGGUCGUCACGGUACAGUGAUAGAAGGUCGUCACGGUACAGUGAUAGAAGGUUGUCACGGUACAGUGAUAGAAGGUUGUCACGGUACAGUGAUAGAAGGUUGUCACGGUACAGUGAUAGAAGAUUGUCACGGUACAGUGAUAGGUCGUCACGGUACAGUGAUAGAAGGUUGUCACGGUACAGUGAUAGAAGGUCGUCACGGUACAGUGAUAGAAGGUCGUCACGGUACAGUGAUAGAAGGUUGUCACGGUACAGUGAUAGAAGGUCGUCACGGUACAGUGAUAGAAGGUCGUCACGGUGCAGUGAUAGAAGGUCGUCACGGUACAGUGAUAGAAGGUCGUCACGGUACAGUGAUAGAAGGUCGUCACGGUACAGUGAUAGAAGGUCGUCCCGGAACAGUGAUGGAAGGUCGUCAGGGGACGGUCAUAAAAGGUCUCCGGAACGUGAUAGAAGGCCGGUCAUUUUUAACAGUGAUAGAAGGGCGUCACGGUUUACAGUGAUAAAAGGUUUUGUCACGGGCGUUUUUAAAAAUUACACAGUGAGGUCUGAAAACUGUAAGGAACCUAUCGUCAAUGGAGAUGUUAACCUCAAGGCGAAUGUAGUGGGACAUCUAGUUCAAACCACCGCCCACAGUCUUCACACCCCACCUGUAAAACUCUCUGUGCGUCCACGUUCCUCCUCUGCAGUUCGCGUCUCCACGUUGAGCACACCUGAGCCAUCUGUGCUUCAGUCACGUGAGAGCAAUCUUUAUCAUUCGGUCCAGUCGGUACCAGCGUCGACACAGUCUGGUCCAGUUGCCAGCUCACAAUCUCACCAUUCCCAGCUCUCGCGGGGCCAGUCAUACCAGGGUCACCCUCAUGAAGAACUGUCUUCCUCACCACAACCAGACGAUCAGAAACUACUGACGGUAUCACGUCCAGGUUAUUUAGAGUUUACUCCAACACAAACGCAAGUACCAACACUCUCUCCUUCACCCAUCUAUACGCAAGUACCCGCUGCAUGUACUCCCUCUCCUCCACACACUCCUUCACCCACACAAGCGCCCACACAAGCGCCCACACAAGCGCCCACACGUACCUUCUCACCCACACGCACUAUCUCAUCAACACAAACUGCAUCACCCACUCACACUCAUAAGCCUACACACACUCCCUCAUUCACAGAAGCACCCCCACUCUCUCCUUCACCCACACACACACUCUCACCUGUACACAUUCCUUCACUCACUCACUCUCCCUCACCUGUACACACUUUUUCACCCACACAUUCUCCCUCAUCACUUGUACACAAUCCUUCACCCACACACUCUCCCUCACUUGUACACACUCCUUCACAUAAACAGAGACAGACUUUUGCCAGGGCACCAGUUCCUGUACCCCGCACACGCUUAUCACUGUCGCAGCAGACAUCACCGUCAACCUCACAGUCCUCCACCCCUCACACCUCACAAUCCUCCACCCCUCACGCCUCAGAGCCCUCCACUCCUCACGCCUCAGAGCCCUCCACUCCUCACGCCUCAGAGCCCUCCACUCCUCACGCCUCGCAGCCCUCCACCCCUCACACUUCACCCCGCUUCACUCCUCACACCCCCAGCCUACACAACACCUCACAGCACAAUAUGCGGCACCAAUCCACUCACACCCUUCCAGACUCCUUCUGUCCUACCACACAACAAUUCAGCUACAGCAUGUCUGAGCCCCAGGCUGUCAACACCUCACAAUCGUCAAGAUCCACCAUCUACACCACCUCACACCCCUCCACCACCCCGCAACCCUCAGUGAACACCACUCCACACCUCUCCUCUCACAAUGCCCUACAACCCUCAAGACACUUCACUUCACAACUCUCCAGCAAUAACACCUCACAACCCUCCACCCAAACUACCAUGAAGCCCUCCACUCACUUCCACCGUGCCUCCAUAGCACAACUGUCAGACACUAUCAAGCAACACCCUGCUCUUCGAAACUCGCCACACCCUACACAAUACACCUUGCAAAACCCCGCCUACGCCACGUCACAUAACCCAUACUAUCGCGCUCUUCUCAGCUCUGCGUGUAUUCAAAAGCCAUCAAAAUAUAUCUCGUCUGAUCACCAAGAAAACAUUACUAAGCCAGUACCCCAAAUCAUCUAUGACACAAAUAAAGUAGUUUACCCACAAACACUCAAUAAAGAAAACAAAGGGAAAUCAAGCUGGAAGAAAACGGCAUUCAACGAGAGGGGAAACAAAGUAAAUAUUUUAAUGACCAGAGGGGACAGUUACUCGGAGCACAAUAUCGUCUUAAACAGUCACGUGACGUCGACCGCACCCACAGUCACAGUCAGGAAAAUCACGCUACCAGCCUCUGCCCCGGCAAGGUGCUCUCCUUCGCCAACGCCAUCUUGUGCCUCCUCCAGUUGUUCGUUCGGGUCAUCAGGCAGCUCCUCCGGCUGCUACUCUGGGUCGCCAUCGCCCACACCUACGCCCUCGCCCGUAAGGAUAAGGUCGUCGGGAGUCCCAACAGAUCUAUAAAGUUGUAGUGGUA